CUUGUAUUCCUCGUGCUCCAACUUGCUCAAAUCAUACAUAAAACUUGCCAAAUUUUCUUGCCUCCGAAAUUGUGGGGGGGAUAGUCUACUAAAACUACUUCCAUUGCCCUAUACUUUAAGGGUUACCCUCUCUUUACCCUACUCUAGGGUACUAGCUAUAAUAUUAGCUUGGUUUCUUUUAACUUUUUACUUGUUUUGUUUUUCUAUAAAUAGGUCAAAUUCAAAGAUAUUUUUUUAAACUACAACUCAUUUCAAACCUAAGCAUAAUAAGCAAUACUUUCCUAAACAAAACAAAACAAAAAAAGGUUAUUUUUUCAAUUAUGGCUAAUUAUUUUAGCUACAUGUUAUUCACUAUAUUUUCAUUGUCUUUUAUCAUUAGCUCAAUCCAAGGAAGAUUUUUAACGUUAAUGCCUAUGCAUGGCACUCUUAAGUACUCCGAAAUUUCGAUACCGCCUUCUCAGGCUCCAAAUGCUAAUACUAACCCUAGCUAUGAACAUAAUGUUGAGCAUUAUAGUCCUGCACCUUCACCUAGUAUUGAUGAUGGUAAUGCUAGUACUAGUAAUGUUCAUGAGAAUAUUUUCGAUGUUCGAUCGUUUGGUGCUACUGGUGAUGGAUUAACAGAUGAUACAAUUGCAUUUAAAUCAGCUUGGGAUGCUGCUUGCAAAGUAGAGAAUAAUGCAAAGAUUGUUGUGCCUAAAGGGUAUUCUUUCUUGCUUCAACCUUUGAUUUUCACUGGCCCAUGCAACGUCGGUGUUGUGUUUCAGAUUGAAGGAAGUAUUAUGGCACCAGACGGACCAGAGUCAUGGCCUAAAAAUAGCAGCAAAAGACAAUGGAUAAUCUUUUAUAGAAUUCAUGGAUUAACACUCCAAGGUGGUGGCCUUAUUGAUGGUAGAGGAGAAAAGUGGUGGAAUCUACCUUGUAAACAUCAUAAGGGGAUCAAUGGAACUACCAUGCCUGGUCCUUGUGACAGCCCAGUUGCUAUAAGGUUCUUUGGGAGCACAAAUUUAACCAUGAGAGGGAUAAAAGUCAUAAAUAGUCCUCAAUUUCAUAUUCGUUUUGAUGUUUGUCAAAAUGUUAGUGUGGAUUCUAUUAUCAUAAAGUCACCUGGUAACAGUCCUAACACUGAUGGAAUUCAUGUAGAGAAUACAAAUGAUGUGAUGAUUCACAAUUCAGUCAUAUCCAAUGGUGAUGACUGUAUUUCAAUUGGAGCUGGUAGUCAUAAUUUGGAUAUCAAGAAUAUUACUUGUGGUCCUAGUCAUGGAAUAAGCAUUGGGAGCCUAGGAAUCCAUAAUUCCAAAGCCUGCGUAUCCAACAUCACAGUUACCAACUGUCUGAUCAAGCACUCAGACAAUGGGGUCCGAAUCAAGACAUGGCAAGGCGGAUCUGGAUCAGUAUCCGCUGUGACCUUCGAAGCGAUCCAUAUGGACACGGUCCGAAACCCGAUUAUCAUAGACCAAUACUAUUGCCUCUCCUCGAACUGCUCUAACCAAACCUCAGCUAUUUCCAUCAACACAAUUUCAUAUUCCAAUAUCAAGGGCACUUAUGACCCACGGACACCACCCGUUCGCUUGGCAUGCAGCGACUCGGUUGCCUGCACCAACAUCACCCUCUCGGGUUUGGAGCUCCUACCUGCAGUGCCCACGAGUCCGGUAACAAGUCAGAAGCAUAAAUUGCAGCCCUUCUGUUGGAAUGCUUAUGGGAGUAGCUUAGGAGAUAUGACUACUCCUCCUGUCUACUGUUUGUUGGAGGGUUUGCCAUAUUUAGAUGUAUCAGGCAGUGAUAUUGGACAGUGCUAGGCUCAUGGAUAGUAACCAAAUUGUACAGAAAGUGAAGUUGUCUAAAAAAAUGGAUGUUUAAAGUAUGCACAUUCCUUUUCUUGAAGCAAGAUGGAAAAGGUAUAACGAAAGUGAUUCAACUAUAUAUCACUAUACCCAUAGGAUCUAGCCAACUCUACUAGAAAUCUAAAUUCAAGAAUGUCUUUGUAAUCAAGUACUAGGUGAGAAAGCUUUGUGCUCCCUUU